GAGAUAAAUGGUGUUUUCGUAAAAUCGUUAGUACCUCAGUCAAAUGCUUAUUAUUCAAAAAAAAUCCAAUUACACGAUCUCAUCGCUGAAGUGAAUGGACAAUCGUUAGAAAAAUUAAGUCAUACGGAUUCAGUUAGAACAUUAGUGAAAAGUGGAUCACGCGUUAGGCUUAAAUUGAUACGUUUCUUGCCGGGUUCACCUCAAGCUGAUUGUUUAAAAAUGCUUCAAGAGCAGGAAACUGCUACUCAAGUAAUCGAUAUUCAGUCGAAUUUACGUGACGUUGUCGCAGAUUGGAGGAAAAAACUUGGAGCUGAAUUUGAGGUGAUCAGCGUUGAUUUAAUACCUGAUAAAUCAGAAGAUGGUGGCCUUGGUAUAUCACUUGAAGGCACUGUUGAUGUUGUCGAUGGAACUCAUCUCUGUCCUCAUCAUUACAUCGACUCAUUAAGGCCUGGCGGUCCAGCAGCGCAAUCAAACGCCCUACGAUCUGGUGAUGAACUACUUCAGGUCAAUGAGUUCAUAUUGUACGGCGAAUCACAUGUAACGGUAAGGCAAGCAUUGAGUAAAGCAGCAUUAUCUGCUCAACGAGUACGACUUACAGUAGCAAGAAAAGCACAUACAGUGAAUUUAUUCAUGCCUAGGCCAGAAAAAAGUCUUCCUAUCGCUUAUUCGAUACUUGCAGCUUCUGAUGACCGAAUGAUAAAGGCCAAGUCCGAUACGUGCAUUCCAUCGGCACGCGAUAAUACUGCGUUGUUACUUGAAAUGGUGUCAAGGCGACUUCGAUCUCAAUCUCUUCAACUGUUCACUGGUUUAGCUAUUUGGAAAUGUGUACCUAUGAUCGUUUACCUUGAAAAAGAUAGUAAAGGCCUAGGAUUUUCAAUAGUUGAUUAUCAGGAUCCUCUUCAUCGCGGUGAAUCCGUUAUUGUAGUCCAAUCACUGGUACCAGGAGGUGUAGCACAGGCUGAUGGUCGAAUCAUACCUGGCGAUCGACUUAUGUUCGUUAAUGAUGAAGAUUUAUCUAAUAGCACGCUGGAUCAUGCUGUUGCGGUUCUGAAAUCAGCUCCACAAGGCGUUGUGCGCCUAGGAAUAGCAAAACCUAUUCCAGUAGAACAAGUUAGUUCCUUAAAAAAAUUCAUUUCCUCUUCCAAAUAUUUUAAUAGUUUAAAAAAAAAUGAAAUGGCAAAAAAUAAAAGUAUAAAAAUAAAUAAAAGUAUACUAUAUUUUUGA